AUGGGUGAUAAGAAACAAGAAGAAGAAGAAAAAGUAGUAUCGUCAACAAUAGAUCGUCAUCACAAAAAAGAACAAGAACAAGAUGAUGAUAAUGAUGAUGAUGAUGAACAAGAAUUAAGUUUAAGUGACAUGUUCCCUCCUUGUGAGGAGGUAGAGAUUUAUCAUUACAACAUUAACGAUAUAAACUUAAAGAUUAAAGGUCAACAAUUACAAAAUAUAAAUACCCAACCCUCUACCGGUCUAUUGCCAUGGCCUGCCGCUUCAAUAUUGUUUAAUUUUAUUGCAAUCAAUAAUAAUUUAUUUAAUAAUAAGAAAGUUUUAGAGUUGGGAACCGGUGUUGGUGUUUGUGGGUUGGUCGCUUCAAAAUUUUGUGCUUCUAUUCUAAUGACAGAUGGUGAUUUGUCUACACUAGGUCAACUAAGUGACAAUUUGGAUUUAAAUUCCUCAAUAUUUAAAGUAAAACCAUCAAUAAGACAUUUGUAUUGGGGAAAGGAUAAUCAGGGGACACUUGAUUCGGUUCAAAAGGAUUUUAAUGAAUUUGAUAUUGUCAUUGGAUCGGAUCUCAUCUAUCAGGAUGCUUCUAUUGAACCUUUGUUUUAUACGGUCAAUCAAUUAUUAUCAAAGAGUAAUCCUGAAAAUGCUUUUUAUCUUUCUUUUUUAGAUCGAAAAAAUCAUUUGCCAAUUUUAGAAAAAGUUUCCAGUUCUUAUGGAUUUGAAAUGCAGUCGUUACCAGUUGAUAGUUUUCUAACUGAUCUAACAAAUGUUUCAACCAUGUCAAAAAUGUUUAUAUUUAAAAGGAAAGAAACCCAAAGUUAA